AUGGAUUCGAUCGGAAUUUUACCUGACGAAGUUCUUUGCCAUAUAUUUUCUUUCCUUACGACAAAGGAGGCUGCUAUAACAUCGAUUCUCUCAAAGAAGUGGCUCAAUUUGUGGGCACUUGUCCCAAACAUCGACAUUGAUGACUCUGUCUUUCUUCAUCCGCAAGAAGGUAAGCGAGAAAGAGGCGGAAUUCUUCAGAGCUUCAUGGAUUUUGUGGAUAGGCUUUUGGAUUUGCAAGGUGAUUCUCCCAUUAAGAAAUUCUCUCUCAAGUGUAAAACUGGUAUUGAUCCAGAUCGUGUGAAUCUUUGGAUAUGUAACGUGCUUGAGCGUGGUGUUUCGGAACUCGAGCUCUCCCUUGAUUUUCCUAGAGAAGAUGACGAUCUCGAUCCCGAUUAUAUGUAUUUUCUGCCUAGUGAAAUGUUCGUAAGUAGGACACUAGUUAAGCUGAAAUUAAGAAGUGAAUUUGGUGUUGAUUGGUGGCGUGGAGCUAGUGGCACUUGCUUACCAAUGCUUAAAACUCUCAACAUUGACUCGGAAUGGGUUUUGUUGUGCGAUGAUGUCGAUAUGUUUCUUGUUGCUUUCCCUGUGCUUGAGGAAUUCUCCAUGGCUGGUAUUGAGUGGCCGGAUUCGGAUGAAACUGUGUCGAGUGGAAGCCUUAGGAAGCUAAUUAUCUACGCCAGUGGUUUUCAAGACUUUCGAAAUCCAAUGAGCAUAUCUUUCGAUACUCCGAAUCUGAUUUACCUUGAGUACGCUGAUUUUGUUGCAGCAGAUUAUCUGAAAGUUAUCUUGACAAGUUUAGUUGAGGCUCUACUCGAUCUUAAGGUGACUGAAAAUCAAAUCCAGCUAAUACGAGGGCCAAAUGAUGAAGAUUAUGGUUUUCCGUAUCUUAGAAAUGUGUCGAAGCUCAUGAGUGGCAUAAGAAAUGUUCAGAGACUAUUCUUUUCUGCAGAUACUCUCGAGGUACUUUCUCUAUGCUGUGAAUCAAUGCCGGUGUUCAGCAACCUCAAAUUUUUACGUCUGAGGAGUUCUGAGAAUCGGGGAUGGCAAGCAAUGCCAGUUCUCUUAAGGAACUGUCCUCAUUUAGAAACUCUAGUCCUCGAGGGUCUCUUACACUAUGUGACUGAUAAAUGCGGGGAUGCUUGUGACUGCAUUUCUCGGGAGGACAAAGGUCGUUCACUCUUAUCUUGUCCAGUGAAGAAGUUGCGGAUCAAAGGGUUUCGAGGAACAGUUAGAGAGAAAGAGAUGAUAAGGCAUUUCUUGGAGUCUUUCCCAUCUUUGGAGGAGAUGGAGGUGUAUGCCCAUGCCGAAGAGCACGAUCCUACAACCUUUGAAGUACCGAGAAUUUAUAAAAUUGUCGCAAAUAAAGUCCACGAGGAGGUCACGACAGAGGUCGUGCUACAGUCGCAGCGAUUCUCAAAGGGCGGUUUGGUACAACCUGGCAGUUUGUCUCAGACUCAGAUGGAUGAGAUCUCCUCUCAGUUCUCUCCCCGCAAUAACAAGCAUAUCUACGAUAUGAUCUUCAUCAUGCAUGGAGAUUCUUCCCUAGCACCUCUUCCUCCAACGGAAGAGAUGUCUGAGGACUACUAUCAGCAGCAGCUAGAUGCUCUUAAUGCCACAAUUGCGGAUCUUAAGGAGAAGCAACGGGACUCUGAUGCUCUAUUUGAGAAGAGGCAACGGGACUCUGAUGCUCUAUUUGAGAAGAGGCAACGGGACUACAACGCUCUAUUUGAUACCAUUGUUGAUCACAACCCGAUGGUAGCAUCAGCGUUGAGGGUUCGACGUGCAACUGACUCAGAGGAGGCAAAGGCGUCCAAUAAUCAGGAGUUGACCGAGAAGAAGCGGGACUUCAAUGCUCUGUUCGAUAUCCUUGCCGAGCAGAAUCCGAUGCUAGAAACAGCGUGGAGGGCUUGGUGUGCGACCAGCUUAGAGCGAGCGGAGUCGUCCAGGGUUAAGGAGAUGACCGGCCUCGACCAAGAUUAG